AUGUCGACGCUGCAGGCCGCCACCGCGGCGCUCAACAAGGAGGCGGAGGAGGACACGGAGGCCAUCGUCGUGCUCGACCAGGAGCUCGGCGUGCUGCGCACCGAGAAGGGCGAGUACGAGCUGGAGAAGCACAUCGAGUCGAUGCGCGACAGGCACUACGAGGACAUGCAGGCGACGGUGCAGAAGCACGCAUGCACCAUCCAGGCGUGCUUUCGCGCCUACAUGACGCGGACGAAGUUCGAGCAGGCGCAGAGCAGCUCCAAGAAGAAGGGCAAGAAGCGCAAGGCCUAG